AUGAGCGAAUGGGCGAAACGAUAUGGCAAUGUCUAUUCGUUGACCGUUGGCCCGAGCAACACUAUUGUGCUUAGCGGCCGACACGCUGUUAAACAAGUGCUGGACAAAAAGAGUGCUGUCUCAAGUGACCGGCCAACCAGUCUGCUUCGGCAGCAGCUUCUAACAGGGGGAGAUCACUUGCUGUGGAUGGAUGCGACGCCUCAAUGGCGCGGCUUGCGCAAGCUGAUUCAUGCCGAUUUGACGGAAGUCGUGUGCACUAGCAGGAACGCGCCGCUCCAGCAGGCCGAAGCUGUGCAGAUGCUGUACGAUAUGAUGCAAAGCUCGGCCGAUUGGAAGCGACAUAUCGAACGCUACACGAACAGCGUAGUCUUGUCCAUUAUUUACGGCAUUCGAUGGCCAGAUAUCAACAGUUCGUAUAUACUGCAAUUCGAGCAGCUAUUGCGUGACUGGACGGCGAUCAAUCAAAUCUGUGCCACUCCACCCAUCGACGUUUUUCCAGUCCUGAAUUGGGUAUCAGAGCGAUUCCUUGGCAAUUGGAAGUCCCGAGCGCGUGUUGUACAUGAUUCAAUGCGUGAAUUGUAUGAUGGAUUACACGAGGUGGUACUUCGAAGGAGAGAGCGCAUCGGCUCCAUCAACAGCAUCGUCGAUCGAAUCCUGGAUCAAAAUGAUAAAAGUGCCCUAACUUUCCAUGAGAUUUCCAACCAUGCGGGAGUAGCAAUCAAAGGUGGUUCCGAUACUUCGGCAACUGUGCUGUUCAACUUCGCCUUAGCAAUGGUUUUGCAUCCUGAUAUACAAAAGAAAGCACAGGCCGAGAUUGACCGUGAGGUUUCGUCUGAUCGCAUACCUAAUAUAUCAGAUGUCGGCCGCUUGUCCUAUGUGAUGUCUAUCAUCAAAGAAGUCCUGAGGUGGCGGCCGGUCGGGGGUAUUGGUAUUCCGCAUCAACUGUCCGAAGAUGUCUGGCUAGAUGACCAGCUGCUACCAAAGGGAUCGACAUUACUUCUCAACGCUUGGGCAAUACAUCAGGACGAGAAGCGGUACCCAAAUCCUGACAAGUUCGACCCGAAUCGAUUUCAAGGAUGGACAGCUUUCUCUGCAGAGUAUGCCAAUGUUGCGGACCCAGAGAAGCGCGAUCAUUACGCGUAUGGGAAUGGUCGACGAAUAUGCCCUGGCAUACAUCUUGCUGAACGCAGUCUCUUCUCCGUCGUAUCGAAGAUGCUCUGGGCGUUUGACAUUGAAUUCACAAACGAUCCCUCGACUGGCAAAUCCAUUAUACCAGACAGCAGCAUAACCACCGGCUACAAUAAAGGUUUGGUUUUGUGCGUGAAGGAUUUUCCUGUCGAGAUGAAGGUUCGAUCUACAGCCAAACGAAGUAUUGUCGAGGAAAGCUAUCAAGCAGCUUGCACAGAUAUCUUCGCCAAGUACGAUGUUCUGGGCACUAGUUCAACUUUUUAG